AUGGUGGAACUCUCGCCGGGCGCGAGCGUUGCUCUUGGAGUAAUGGUCGGCCUCGCCUCCACCAGCAUUCAGAGUAUCGGCUUGACGCUGCAACGGAAGUCCCAUCUCCUCGAAGAAGAGAAGGACGACGAUGACGAGAGGCGACCCCCAUACAAGCGGCGGAGAUGGCAGCUGGGCAUGCUCAUGUUCGUCGUGGCGAACCUCGUCGGCAGCACCAUUCAAAUCACCACCCUCCCCCUUCCCGUUCUUUCCACACUACAGGCGUCCGGCCUCGUCUUCAACUCGAUAUGCGCCUCCAUAAUUCUCAGCGAACCGUUUACGCGAUACUCCUUUGUCGGCACCAUGCUUGUUGCGAUAGGCGCAUUGCUGAUAGCCCUGUUCGGUGCCAUCGCGGAACCGUCGCAUAACCUCGACCAACUGUUGGCGCUGUUGGGACGAAAGGCUUUCCUCACGUGGAUGAUUUUGACGGGUGUGGUGGUCGUCAUGUUGGUCGUUGCGACUUGGCUACUGAAGCGCAUGUAUCCACGGACUACGCCUCGACUACGCCUCAUACGUGGAAUGUUCUUUGGUUGUGUCAGCGGCAUACUCUCCGCGCAUUCGCUCUUGAUCGCAAAGAGUGCUGUCGAGCUUUUGGUCCGCACUAUCAUUGACCGUCACAACCAGUUUGAUCGUUGGCAGUCGUGGAUGAUUCUGGUCGGACUGGUCGUAUUCGCCCUGACCCAACUUUACUACAUGCAUCGCGGGCUGAAGUUGGUCAGUACGAGCGUGCUCUACCCCUUAGUCUUCUGCGUGUACAACAUCAUCGCGAUUAUAGACGGCCUGAUCUACUUUGAUCAAAGCGAUCGCUUGUCGAGUUUACACGCUGGACUCAUCGCGCUCGGAACUGUCAUUUUGCUUGCCGGAGUUGUCUGUCUGAGCUGGCGACUAGAAGACAACGAAGAAGAACCCACAUCACCAGUGGCAAGCAAGCACAUGGGCAGGGUCCAGAUGCCCCAGACUGUGCUACAACCCGGCAUUGGCCUUGCGCACGGCCACCCUCUCGACGAACCUGCAUCACCUUUGGAUAUCGAUGAAGAAGCUCCCGGCGUUCAUGGUUAUGCCUCCGAGCAGGCUAAGCGGAAAGCUGUGGAUGAAAGAACACCGUUACUCGCUCGCGCCCCGACCGGUCCCGCCUUGACGCUCGCUAACCCGAAGAAGCGAGCUUCAGUAGAUGCCGGUGAACUGAAAAGUCCUCAAGCAAAUACACAACCCCGUAGACCCCCUAGAAGACGACGGAUGACUAUUUCAGAAGAGACGAACGAGAUUUGGGAUGAGCUUAACGAUAGAGAGACGCUGCCAUCUCCUGCCAGGCUAUCUGUGGAUUUGGAGCGACGACCAAGGUCAGGAACCCUACCUCCACGGAGGAAUAAUGCACAGUCGGCAUGGCUCAAUCAGAUGCGCCGGCGGUCCUGGUUCGAAGGGUUCGGGAGCCGACGCGGCAGAAUUAUCUCCUCCGUCGUUGACAACAAGAUAUCAGUAAUAGAUUACAAAGUCCACUUGACUAUUAUUGCUACUGCGAACCCUCCACGUCCAUUCAUACCCCACACGACCAACGCUAUACCAACCGCCACAAUGCCAGCAAUGCAGUACUUCGAGAAAGCUCAAACAAGCUUCAAGCCACCACUGAUCGCUAACGAGAACGCUUACCUCGGUGAUGUUGUAUCAUCGGAGUCAACAGACCCAGAAAAACCCAUUAGCGGCGGUUUCUACCGCCUAGAGAAGGGAACGCCACUGGUGUAUACUUAUACUUAUGAUGAGAUCAAGAUCAUUGUUGAUGGGCACUUCUACAUCAGCGACGAAACGGGCAAGGAGGUCAAGGCCGAGAAGGGGGAUGUGUUCUUCUUUCCAAAGAGGAGCAAAAUCACAUUCAAGACGGACGAUUUUGGAUUGGGAUUUUUUGUGGGGCAGAGGAAGAAGGAUGGUGCGUAG